AUGGCACCGCUCUCUAAUCCAGAGCGAUCCCUAGGCCGCUCCGACCCGGGCCCAGAGCGGGGAAGGGGGUUGCACUCCGUGGUGGCGGGGGAUAUUGUCGACCCUGCAGAUGUUCCUAAGUCCUUCGCGAGCAGGGCAGCCGACAAUAUUCACUCCUACAACACUCGUUCACCGCCGGUCACAAUGAAAGCAGCACGCAGCUUCGCCAACUUCGACGCAGUGGAAAGCCCCGAUGGGGUCAAAUACGUGUGCCUCAUCUGCCCCAAGUCUCGACCCAUCCGUGAUCCGCGACGGCACAGUUCACGACAAGUGCAUCAGAUCAAUGUGGCCCGAGCCAGGGAGGCCGCUCGGAUGCAAGCAGACAGCGGUCGUAUGGAUGCCAGCGGGUCAUGGGUUGACCCAUACGUUGCGUCGGCAACCACAGAAGCAGCGUAUCAACAAGAUCAAGAAGAAACGGUACGCGAGGGCCGUUGCCAAGAUGAGGCUCGGAAUGAGCGGCUGUGGCAGGCACUGCAAUCCGACCUCGACAGCACCUUGUUGGUCCGUCCGGGUCCCCCACGACCAACACUGGCAGAGGCACUGAAUCUGCAGGCGGCCAAUGGAAACUCAUCAUUGGAAUACGAGACGCUGGAUGCUUUGGGGAGUGGCCAUAUCGGUGAUGCGCAUACGGUGGUGAACUCCGAUGAGGAAGCAGCCUCCGAUCAGGAAGGAGCGACCAGUGAGGAGGAGGAUGUGGAUGCAGGACUCAGCAAUGGAGGGCGGGCAACUUGGUUUCCAUUUAAAAACAAAAUGGAUCUGGUCGCAUCGCUUCUGAUAGGUCACACUCGAUCAAUGCUUUCAAGAUCCAUUUUCACUAAAUUGCGUGAUAUCCUUACGUUAACGGACCUCCAACUGCCAAACUGGGCAACAGUCCGCAGCUCAAGGGCUCGCAUUCGACGGUUAUUAGGUAGCGAGAUCAACACCUGUGUCAGUGUGUUUGACACGCCCUGUUUUUCGCUCAGUGCAAAGCAGCUGAUUGCGCAGGACCUUGCAAAUCCUCUGGUGUCCUCCCACCUGGAUUUCUAUCCCGAACGGACUGAUGGAGUAAACAUCUCAAAGUUCUCGCAAUCUCAGAAGUGGCUCAAGGAUUUACCGACUCAUCUCCGUACUCAAAUGUGUGACUCCAAUGGGAAGCAUUUUUAUAUUUUUGAACCGGUGCAGUUGUACUCAAAGGCAGUUGUUGUUCCAAUAUACUUCUGUAAUUAUGGAUCAAAAUUGUAUGUCAAAGCCUUGGAAAUUCACUCCGAUCAUGUAACCUACGAUCGGACCUCUUGCAAGAUAACAAUUCCAUCCGGCUUGGAAUUUGAUGACCCAUCUCUAUUGAUGGUUUGCGUGGACGAGUUUGAUCUGAUGUACUCAGAAAUUCUUAUGGGUGACAAGCGGCCCUUGACUGAGGCAUGCGGCGAAUCGGACGGGGUGGUGGAGAAGAUGAUUUGCUUGCCAAACAAGUGGAGGUUGAAAUCAGGUAACCGGGUCAUGAGGACCGUGCCCAUAACACUAUACGCAGACGACACUUCAGGCAAUACUUCUAAACAAUUCAACAAGCAUAUUUCGUUCUUCUUCACUCUGUUGGGUCUGCCCCCAAAUGUGGCAAAUCAGGAAUACAAUUGCCACUUCCUGUCAACCUCCAACAUUGCUUCGGUUUUGGAGUUAUCUGAGCAGAUAGUGACUGAAUUGAAUGAGAUGAGUUUGGACGGUUUUUUGGCAUAUGAUGCCAGUAUUCAUCAGGAAGUCUGGGUUAACACUCUGGUUUUAUGCUUUUUGGCUGAUUCCCCAAUGCACGCGGAGGUCACUAACACACCGAAUCCCGGUCAAUCACUGAACCCAUGCCGGAUGUGCACACUUGCUUGUGUUAAAAAGAAGUCCAAGUCAACCGAGGGUUACGUGCAGAAGUUCUUGGAAAGAGAUGUGGAUGGUGACCAUGUGGGUUCAUUUCUUGUGUGCAGGGCUCGCGUGUACAAACUGACGUUAUGCUGCUGGUUAUCUUCCGGUCAGUGCAAGAAUCCGGCAAGGAAUUGGUUUCGCACCCGAGCAGAUACUCACGACUUGUACUCGAUUGCGACAACCGUCAAUAUGUCACAAUUCAACAAGCAAUCAUUGUUGUUGGGUGUUAAAGAUGCCCUAAACACCCGAGUAAUACUGCAGUCUAAGUCGGACCCUGGUUUCAAGGAGCGUAUAGGCCUGCUCCAUUCAACCUCGCCCGAUCGGCUGUACAACUCGUUCCUGAGGUUAGAAGGUUUUGAUGGUGUUAAAGACACCCCGGUUGAAGUCUUACAUUUUGUGCUCCUCGGGAUAGUGAAAUAUCUGGCUCGCGAUUUUGUCUCUGAUCUGUCUGAGGAACAGAAAAACGAGAUGAUAUCGAGAUUGGAGUCAUUUGACACAAGUUCACUGAAUAUUGACUCUUUGAAGCCCAGAUACCUCGUGCGACACAUCCUCAGCCUGGUUGGCAAAGACUUCAAAAUCCUCUUGCAGGUGGCACCAUUCGUCUUCUACAAACACAUGUCACCAGAGAAAAAAGAGAUAUGGAUCGCGUUAUGUCGGCUCACCUCUUACAUUUUCCAAACGAACAUUUCAAACUUGACGGUCUACGUCGCCGAGCUCAAAUCGUGUAUUGAGCAAUUCCUCUAUCACCUCAUAACUGUGACGGCACAGUGGAUAAACAAACCGAAGAUCCACAUGCUUCUGCAUCUGGUGGAGUCCAUCAUUCGGUUUGGACCAGCCUCGCUAUGCUCGACCAAAAAAUUUGAAUCCUACAAUGGGGUAUUACGACAGGGUUCCGUGCACUCUAACAAACAUGCGCCCGGGAGGGAUUUGGCGAUGGCAUUUGAUAGCUACGCUUCCCUCAAGUUUAUUGUCUCAGGCGGUUGGAUUUACGAUGCAACCACCGGGUCUAGAAGUCGCGCUUCCGUCGAGGUGACCUCCGUAUUUACAGAACAUCCCACUGUGCAGAGGGCAAUGGGGUACAAUCACUCGGUCAUUUGCCCUCCCCAGCCGGGCUGUUUCCCUGGGUGCAACAUUCGAAAGGUUGCGUUGGACCAUGUGGAACCCGAACCGCCCACGGUGUCGCAAGUUGCGGGGUCUUGUCCUCGGUUCCAACGUGGGGAAAUCAAAAUAUCCAAGAACGAUUCAAUUGGCCGGGGGUCGUUUGUGGUGUUGACCAGCCAAGAUGAAACGCACCUGGUGGGUAUGAUUCGGUCAUUGUGGGAGGUAUUGGGGCCCAACGGGUCAGUGUUUCUGGUCGAUGUGGUUGGAUAUAACCUUGGUGGGGUGGAUGACCACUACAACAUGAGGAGCAUUCAUCGGACACGUAAUGUCUUCACGGUGUGGAACUGCUCAAGCUAA